AAGACAUCUGUAGUGUAGGCAUCAUAUGCUGCAAAAAAACACAGACUCAAUUCAAGGCAAUUUGUUGCUCUCUUGUUGAUUCCUUUCUUUCUCUUUUUUUUAAUUUCUUUUUUCUUUUAGACAGGUCUGGUGCUGGAUACUGAUUCGUUGUUUUCUUGCAAAACUGGAUGACAUUUACAGAGAGAACACACACACACACACACACACACUUGUGUACAUGAACAAUACGGGGUGUGACUGAGAAAGCGCGAGACGCGCGAGACGCCCGAUCCUGCGCGCGCUCUUAAUCAACUUCGUCCAACUUAGAAGUCACUUUUUAGGUCACUUUAUGAACAAGUGAUCAAGUUCCAGGAUGCUUUUCCGACGCAAAAUGAUGUAUCUGAUUUUCCUCAGCAUCAGACAUCCGACUCACUUCUAACUCCACGACAAGGACGCAAGGUGCAACACCCAGAACCCUCUCUUCUUCUUUUUUCAGCUACAGGAAUUUAAAAGAUGUGUGAGAAGCUGUUUGUGAUUACACUGCUGCUGCCGGUGUGCGUGUGGCUCCUGUGCGCUCAGUCAGUGUCCAGCAGCAACCGAAGCUCUAGGGGACAUCCAGGUGGAGUAAAACCUGGCACAUGUGAAGUGGUGGCUGCCCAUCGCUGUUGCAAUAAGAAUAAGAUUGAGGAAAGAUCUCAGACAGUCAAAUGCUCAUGCCUCACCGGACAGGUGGCUGGAACAACCCACGCACGGCCGUCAUGUGUGGACGCAUCUCUCGUGCAUCAGAAGUGGUGGUGUCAGAUGGAGCCAUGCUUGGAGGACGAGGAAUGUAAAGUUCUUCCUGACCUCACCGGCUGGUCCUGCAGCUCUGGGAACAAAGUCAAAACCACCAAAGUGAGCAGGCCACCCAGGGCUGCAAAAUCAAAUUAAUUUCCAUCAUCUAUAAGUAGUCUCGUUUGGCUGACCUUUUCAGAAGUCAUGCGCUGAUCUCCAGCAGUAAUGUACAACAAUGUCUGGAGUCCUAGAAAUCCACCCUCGACUCCAGCUGCUAUGAUUGCUGGAUUCCUGCUCUUAGCCAGCCUGUAAAUGUUAAUGACUACAGGAGUAGAGAUGGAUAUUGCACCCACAGAGGCUGGGAAUCCACAUGGAUGCAGUUGUUCGUACUACAUUUGUGCUGAACUUCUUAUUCUUUUCUUGCCCCUUGUUCUGUUUUGCACAGAUGAGAAAAUGACACAACAGUGUCAAUAUACUGUGAUACUAACUUUAUAUACACUUUAUAUCACACUUUAUGGGAACUGUGUUACUGCAGUCAUCUACAGCUACAAGUGUCGAGAACACACAGAUGUACACAAAUCAGAGAAUGUGUGAAGAGUGUGUGUGUGUUGUUUUGUAUACAAAUAUAUACAAAUAUAUAUAUACACUGAUCAGGUAUAACAUUAUGACCACUGAGAGGUGAAGUGAAUAAGACUGAUGAUCUCCUCAUCAUGGCCCCUGUUAGUGGGUGGGAUAUAUUAGGCAGCAAGUCAACAUUUUGUCCUCAAAGUUGAUGUUAGAAGCAGGAAAAAUGGACAAGUGUAAGGAUUUGAGCUUUGAGUUUGACGAAGGGCCAAAUUGUGAUGGCUAGACCACUGGAUCAGAGCAUCUCCAAAACUGCAGCUCUUGUGGGGUGUUCCCGGUCUGCAGUGGUCAGUAUCUAUCAAAAGUAUCCUUUAAGUCCUGUAUGGAGGGCCUACUUUGUAACUUAGAGGACUCAAAGGAUCUGCUGCUAACAUCUUGGUGCCUAGAUACCACAGCAGGGAUCUAGUGGAGUCCCUGCCUCGACAGAUCAGGGCUGUUCUGGCAAAAGGGGAGACCAACACAAUAUUAGGCAGGUGGUCAUAAUGUUAUGCCUGAUCUGUGAAUAAUGAUUCUUGUGUUCUUCUGAGCAAUUAUAAGAAGGGACCGAUUCCUUUUUAGUUUAUUGUCAUUAAAAAAUCUCUCUAAAUGUUUUUACUAAAUAAGAAAUUUUCCUCUACAUGAACUUUAUAUGUCGCUGUAUUACAGACUCGGUAUUAUACUUCCUGUGGAGUUCAGGUCAUUUCUCAAACUUACAUGAUUGUAUUAUUCCCUUCUCGCUCUCUGCCAUAAGCAUAGUAAUACUAUUCUUGCAGUUGACAUUUCAGAUCAGACUGAAAUUCACACACACACACACACACAUAUCUGCUGGAGCCUGAAUUAUGUCCACUCUGACACUGGUGUAAAGUCCCCGCACAGCUCCCUGCCUCUGACAACCUGACUAAGCGAAACAUGGAAAUAUUCAAAUAAAGCCCUAACACACAUGCACACACUCACACACUUGCCGGCCCCAUUUAUUUUCCAUCUGACUGGUUUGACACACCGCCUGCAAGCCUGUGGAGACAACUAUGGCACUCAGUAUGGCACCGAGAGAGAGAGAGAGAGAGAGAGAGAGAGAGAGAGAGAGAUUUAUAACGUUAAGCUUUUCUUUCUUUCUUUCCGAUUUCUUAUUAUUUUUACCAAAUUGUGCAUGUUUGUUUAACCCGCUUUUUAACGUUUCUUAAGAAUAGCCCUGAUGAAUGGACAGCCCAGUCCUGUUCUUCUAAGAAUAUUGCUUGUUGUUUCUGAUGAUUUAUAUUAUUUCCAUUUUUCGAAUAAAUUGUUC